AUUUGUACAAGUUCCGGCAAAUUCACUCGAGACCCUAUCGUCUGCCCGUGGGCAUUCUGCAACCAUUGGUGUGAGCCAAGUUCAUUCGGCAGUGAAGGAGCAAGCAACGCGCCCGACAAACUCAACAACCUCCAGAGCCCACCCAAAAAGAGGAUUCCCGUCAUCAAGUCGGGUAUUAAAAGGAAGGAAGGAUGCUCACAUGGGAUUACUACGUGAAGGGACCUCAGAGUGUGAGCAACCGCUUAAAUCAUCAAGCUAGACCCUCACACCACCUGUUGUUCCACUUCUUGUUACGACUACCUGCUCCCACAACCAAAACUCGCCAUGAAUCAAAGAUUUCACUCCCAAUACCCGAACUUGACCUCUUCUUUGGUGCGAUUCUCUUGUUUGAUCGUGGCUUGCAGCCUUCUCUGCUCCACCCCCAUACAAGCAGGACCUUUUGGACACUCUCAUAUAGGGAAGGAUUUGGUCCACAGACAACAGAGUGGGGGCCAUCCCGGGAAACGAUCGGUAAAUUUUACCCCGUCUUGGGGUAAGCGUUCAGGGCCAGGAUCGCCCUUGGGAAUAUCAUCCGAGGAAGAAAUGGAGAUCGCCCAGAACAUGCCCACUUAUAGCAAUUGGGACCAGCUUGUGGCCAAGCGAUCCUCCUCUGAUAUUGAAGAGUGCUCCGUCCGGGGCAUCUACUUGGAACUUCUCAUCAGAAAAGUCAAGGUGGAGAUGGAGAAAAUGGAAUCAUGCGUGAGAGAUUCGGACAUCAUUGCAACCCCUCAACAACUGUGAAAUCUGGGACAAGAAUAGUUUUAUAAUGGAUCGAGGCUCUCGUAGCUUUCACUCAAUUAUUAUCUCAUUGACAGAUGUAUUUGCCAUGAUUGGAAGCUCAAUGAAGCAUUAACCUGAAUCCCAAUAUGCUUGUCUGUAAUCUAUAAGCCUUCUUCUUCUGAACUUAUAGACCUAACUCAUACGACAAUUGAUAAAACUGAGGCUGGUUCUAGGAAAUUAUGCAAAUCUCUUCUCAUCUACACAAGACCCACGGACAGCUCGUCACUCAAGCAUGGCUUUAAGCUCAUCCUCCAAUUUAUUAACUUUGGCCGAGUCAGCAUAACCUUUGGAAGAUUCCACUAAUCAUCAUCAUUGUUACUCUACUACUUUCCGUGACGUCUAUUUAUUAACUUGUGACCAAUGGUAUAUGUGGAUGUAGUUCAUUUGAAUAAAUCCCUCCCAUCUAGCUCCA